AUGUCUUCUCCCAACUCUGAGAAUGGCCAUCAAACAGUAAGCUCCUUCGGCGUCUUCGCAGUCCUACUGGGCAUGAUCAUCGGCGGCUUCCUCCUUGCCUACAUGAUUUCCUGUCUUCAAAGCUGGAUCGACAAGCGCCCUCAAAAGCCCCGCCAAGAAACCGGCAACACGAAACCAGCGGUGGUGGAAAAACCUAGAGAAGCCGAGAAGGACUUGGAGGCUGGGACUGUCAUCUCAGAUAAACCAGCGACGACUCAGCAAGACACAAGACGCUCGUUCUGCUCCAUCCGUCGUCCUGGGAUCUUACGUUGGUCGCAAGUAUCUGAGCGGCCCAAGAGAGACAGCCAAAGCGUGAAGGAAAAAAUCUCGCGUCCAACCAGGCUCUUACCCACUGAGGCCUCCUACGUCGUCGUCCGAAGCCCCUUGGAUUUUCCAUUCACAAAUAACAGUUCAAGCCGGAGACGUUCUCUCGACUCUCAGCGGCUUCACCACCACAUCUCUCGACGUAGGGAGACGGAUCUUUCGAGCGGAAAGACGGCCGCAGAGCUCACCAACCAAACCAUCGUCGCUCUUGCCGAUUCGCCGUUCCAGAAGGGCCAGACGAAGCGCACGGUGGUAUGGUUUGACCAGAUCUCAAGACAAGAAAGUCCCCUUCAUUCGCGAGGCUCCCGGACCAACAGUCUGCCAUCCAGCUGGGACGAGAUCUUGCACAGUCCCAGCCCUGUUGACGACGAGCCGCCCCGGGAGGCCCGACACCGGCUGGGCUCGGUUUCCGAACUGUGGCUCGACUUCCAAACCCAGCUAGCUACAGGAUGA